AUGGCUACAAUUGCACAAUUCAAGCUUUCGAAACAAGGCGGGCUCACUCGUCGCCUGACAUUCCCUACGCAUCCUAGUUGGGCUGUUCUAUCCUCAAAGAUCAAUGAAACGUUCGGUAUUGCAACCGAUAAUAUUGGGGUGUCCUACCUUGACCAAGAUUCGGACGAAGUAACUUUCAGCUCUGAAGAGGAGUUGCAGGACUACUAUAGUACCCUCGGUGACGCCAAAUUCAAACUUAUCCGACUUUCGGUACAAGACCUCAGCUCCCUUAGGUCCACUGAUGUAGCGCCCUCCCGCCACCAUACCGCACCCCCACAGCAAUCUCACUUCCGGAACACAUUCGGAGAACAGGAGUCGCUACCUUUCAUUUGGGAGGUCGAUGACGAAUGGCAGCGUCUCCCUGGUAGCCUUGGUAGUCUUUUCUUGUCUAGUGACUCUCCGGAGAGCCCGCACGCGUUUGUGGAGGUUCUCGAGAGUGACGUCAGUGUCUCCAAGAAGUCUAAUCACACAGACGAAGAAUCCGCCAUUGGAGGUACUACCCGCUCAAACGGGACGUUUACUAUGCCCACUUCCCGCGCAGACAAGGGCAAGUCCCGCGUCGCGAUGCAGCCUACAGUUGAAGACGAUGCUUUGUCCACCGAUUCAAUUUUCGGCGACGAUGCAUUACUGCAGCCACAGACCCGUGUUUAUGACUCUGAUCAAGCUUCCACAUUUGGCGGUGAUGGCAAGUCUCCUGUCUCGGUCGAUGGGACAGCGACUCCCGCCCAGGCUCAGAGUACCCCCGUAAUUUCUGGGCAGGUUCUUCCUGAGGCUGUGCUGAAAUCCACCGAAGAUUCCAACACAGCCAUUGUUGACGACCCUGCCCUCCCCACCUUGGACGGCACAGGAGCAUCAACUCUCACUCAUGACGUAGCUGCCUUCUUGAAGGCAGUUUCCGGUAUCAUUUCCUCCCACCCAGAAUUAUCAGAGGGUCUUCGCAACAUCGUUUCCAAUGCUACAAAUGGGACAUACUGGACUGCGCAUCGUGAUGCACUCUCUCACGCUGCCGAGCGUAUUCAGCAG